GGUGGCGUUCCUUGCCCGGCCGCGGUCUGUGCCCUUGGCAGAGGCAGCGCCCGUCGUGGUCAUGGCGGCCUGGCCCGCUGUGCCGCUCCUCAUCAACCUCGGCGGGUCGCUACUGGGCUUCGCGGCCACACUGACGCUGAUCCCGGCCUUCAAGGACCGCUUCCUCGCCGCGCGGCUCUACGGCGAGGACCUCAACAAGGCCUCGCGGCGGCCAGUCCCCGAAGCACAGGGCGUGAUCAGCGGGGCCGUGUUCCUGAUCAUCCUCUUCUGCUUCAUCCCCGUGCCCUUCCUGAGGUGCUUCGUGGAGGAGCAGUGCGCGGCCUUUCCUCACGACGAGUUUGUGGAGCUCAUCGGUUCGCUCCUCGCUAUCUGUUGCAUGAUUUUCCUGGGCUUUGCAGAUGACGUUCUGAACCUGCGCUGGCGCCACAAGCUCCUGCUUCCUACCAUGGCUUCCCUCCCGCUGCUCAUGGUUUACUUCACCAACUUUGGGAACACGACCAUUGUGGUGCCUAAGCCCUUCCGUGUGCUGUUGGGCAUGCACUUGGACCUGGGUAUCCUCUACUAUGUGUACAUGGGCAUGCUAGCAGUGUUUUGCACCAAUGCCAUCAACAUUCUCGCUGGAAUUAAUGGAAUCGAAGCGGGGCAGUCACUGGUGAUAGCUGCUUCCAUUAUUGUGUUCAACAUCAUAGAGUUAAAUGGGGAUUACCGGGACGAUCACAUUUUUUCUCUCUACUUCAUGAUUCCCUUUUUUUUUACCACGCUGGGGCUGUUUUACCACAACUGGUACCCGUCUCAAGUAUUUGUUGGGGACACCUUCUGCUACUUUGCUGGCAUGACCUUUGCUGUGGUGGGGAUCUUGGGGCACUUCAGCAAAACAAUGCUGCUUUUUUUCAUCCCGCAAGUGCUCAACUUCCUCUACUCUUUGCCGCAACUUUUCCAUGUCAUUCCUUGUCCCCGUCACCGGCUGCCGAGGCUCAAUCCUAGCACAGGGAAGUUGGAGAUGAGCUACUUCAAAUUCAAAACUAGGAGCCUCUCUGCCUUGGGAACAAACAUUCUGAAGGCCGUCAAGAUCUUGCGUAUAGUAGACGUGAGAAGUGGAACAGAUGAAGAUGGCGAAUACACUGAGUGCAAUAAUAUGACCCUAAUUAACUUUGUUAUAAAGCUGAUUGGACCCAUCCAUGAGCAAAAUCUCACUCUCCUGUUGCUGCUCAUUCAGGUCCUGGGCAGCACGAUUGCAUUCUCAAUCCGGUACCAACUAGUGCGCUUGUUUUAUGACGUCUGACUGGGCUGCCGAGAACAGGGGAAAGACUUGUACGUGCCAGUCAGUUUUCUCCAAUUGCUGACCAAAUGAUGCAACUCGUCUUACUCUGGCCCUCCAAGAACCUCAGGAUGCUUACCAACGUGCAACUACUCUGCAGGAGCCACUUUUGAACCGUAACAGUCUGUCUUUUUUUUUUUUGUGCCCAGAAGGCUUUUGUCAGAUUCUACCAACAAGAAAAGAUUCCCUGUUACUUGGAUAUCAUUGUUACUGGGAAUGCCUUUAGGGAAGAAGUAAAUGACCCAAACGUGGGAAAGAUGAAAUCUCUAUACAUAUAACAAGCACGUUAGGGUUCCCGUACAGAGAAAACGAAAGCUUCAAUUUCUAUGAGACUGUGUACAGCAGAACAAGUAAGCCAGAAUCCUCUCCUGGCUUCGCCAAUCCUGUCUUUGGUCUAUGGACAUAGAGUGAGAUGUUAUAAUCUAUGCCCAGAGCUCAGAGCACUUCAGGAAUAAAACAACUCAUGGUACCCUU